AACCGUCUUGCAUUCCGGACAUUGUUUUCACACUAGAAGACAGUAUAAGAAGAGUACAUGUUGGCCACAGUUGCUUGUCAUUCGUUGGAGUCGAGAGCUUGAACUGAGAACAAUCUCUACGAGAAGUUGAAGAUCUCUGAGUUACUCAAGUGUAUCCAUCAAGGUGAUUUAUCCACUGUAAAGCUGAAAAAAAGUUUGAAAAUGAUUAGUUGGUUCGUAGUUUUGACGUUGUUUCUUCACGACAGCUUGGCUUACAGUGUUUUGGAUGAGUUAGACGAUUACAAUCUUUGGCGCCGAAAUGGACCAUCGGUAGAUAAUGAGGUUAGAACAGAAUGCAAAAAGGACAUCCUUAUAUUGUGGGACAAUUCUGAUUCGAUUGGCACCGACAACUUCCCAAAAGUAGUACAAUUCUUAGAAAACCUCAUCACUAGCCCACAGUUGAAUGUCGGAGAAUACGGAACGCAUAUUGGUUUUAUUACCUUCUCGAAUGAAGAAAGAACAAGAGAGUUGUUAAGCAUUGGCCAUAUCACCAGUCAAACUGGGUUAACAGAUUGGCUGGAAAGUGUGAACUAUAAUGAUCUUCGAGGGUCACAAACAUUCACUGGUACAGCCAUGAAGCUCGCGUUAGAUGAGUUCAGCAAGAGAAAUCCGGAAAAUUAUCGUGCCGAUGUAGAAGACGUUAUCUUGCUGUUCACCGAUGGUGCCCCAAAUCCUGAUUAUACCGGAUAUCGCAGCCAGAGGUUACAGAAACAAAAUCAGAAAAGAAUAGCUGAUGAGACGGCAGAAAAACUCAAAAACAACAGCGUUUUAAUUGUCGGGCUGGCUGCAGGGCAACCAGAUAAAGUAGCAAAGUUUAAACCAUUCCUUGAAAAUUGGGCAACUUCGCCAGAUCUAGUGUUCGAAGCACAGUUGGACAAGUUGGACAAGGUCUUAAAUGAAUUAGUGGAUGCCUCGUGCAUGCCCAUUACACCUGCCCAAAUUUGUAAUUGCGCUGGCGAUAUUUCAGCGGAUAUGGAGUUUACUAAACCAGGAGAAGACACGGUUUUGUUCAAAUGGGUUGAACCGAAUUUGAAAUGCAACAAACCCGUAGAAGAUCUGCACAAAAGUGUGAACCCUGCCAACGUCGACCCCUCAGGCACGGAAUAUGGCAUCGGAGAACACAAAAUCAACUAUACGUUCUCGUAUAUCGAUAGCAAUGAAGAAAAACAAAGCAGAAGUUGUCUUGUUAAUUUUGAUGUGGCUGGCGCCUGUGAAUGUCCCGAAACCAAAGAAAUAACAGAACAUAUCAGCAGAAAUGGAAAAGCUUGGGUCAGUUGGAGCGAACCUAAACCCGACUGCCCCGUUACAGCAGGCCCUGAUAACCCACAAAGUACCAGCGCAACUUUAUCUGUGGGUAAAUACACGAAAACAUACGCGUAUACCUACACAACUGCUCUACAGAGUUUCAAAAUGUACUGCAAUGUCAACAUUGUUGUUUCAGGAAAAUAUUGCGGCAAAAACGGUUAUGAUCCAGCAGGUGAAGAUUGCUGUUGUGGAGCGAUCCAUCCAAAAAGAGCGGACGCUAGCUACGAAUGCUGUGGCUCGAAUUACAUCAAUUCUCAGGAAAAAAUGUGCUGCCAGGAUGCUAGUGUCGUGUCAAUAGACAGUCAUUGUCCAAACGAUGUCGUUGAGUGAAAGCUUUAUACUUUUCAACGAACUUGCAUGCCUAUAUAACUCUUACAUAGCAGGACAAACUCUUUUGUGUAGUUUAUGUGUGGCGCUUUUGAAGUCAUUAAUAUUACACUGAUUAAUAUUACACAUUAUUCGUGUUAUCAUGUUACAAUUAACGGAGGAAAUAAAUUUAAUUGA